AUGAGAGUGGGCAAAGGCUGUGAAAGGUGUCGCCAUCGCCAUAUCCGCUGUGUCAUUCCAUCCGGUGCCUCUGCUUGUACCCCCUGCACCCGGUUGGAUCGCGUCUGUCAUCUAGAUCCGCGCUUCCAAUUCAAGACCGUGCGCCAUGUGUAUCAGAAGAGCAAUGGUUCCGCCGCCCGGUUCGAUCUGGUUUGGGAUGAUGAGCAGGUCUGGGUCGACGUGGAGCAGCCCGUGACAUUUGUCAACGGAACCUGCGAUGGACCCAAUACAGGCGACGAAACUCAGCAACCGCAUACUGCCAUUUCCGGUGGUGAUGCGAUCAUCACCAAUCUCUCUUUAGAAGAAUCGCCCUCGAUUAAUACUGAGGUCCAUACCCGAGAAGAGCCGUCCAUACAUCCAGACCAUCAAAUAGACCAAUUAUCGCUCGAGAAUAUCCCACCCUACAAUACCAGCAGUCCAGUCCGGCCCCCGUCUGACGAGUACCCCACAUUAUCACUACGCGAGGCAUCCCUGAUGAGAUGCUUCAUACACAAAAUCGCACCAUGGGUGGACAUCUGCGAUCCUCGAUCACAUUUCACCACAGUUAUUCCGCGCCGGGCUUUGCAGGUCCCAAUGGUACUCAAGGCAGUUCUAACUCUUGCGGCGCGUCAUGAGGCGAUUUUGACCAGGCAGAGUGACUGGGAGGCCUCCACCUAUCAUGGAGAGUGCCUAGAACUGCUUAUCCCGGCCUUGGAUCGACUCGAGCAGGACUUCGAGGAGAACCUACUCAUAACCGUUGUGAUCCUUCGAAUCUGUGAAGAGCUCGAAAAUAGCGAAGACCAGAGGUUUCAUCUGACGGGGUCCAACCGCCUCGUCAAUCUCAGUUCGCGCUCGGGGCCAUCGUGCGGGAUUGUGGAGGCUGUGAGCUGGCAGUUCCUGCGCCAGGCUAUCUACUCAUCCAUUGUACAGUACCAGAAUCUGGAACUGGAUCUAUACAAUUAUGAGCGAUCAUCGAUGUUUCAACGAGACGAUGAUUUUGCCUUUGCCAACAUGGCCAUCUUCCACUGCGCGCACAUUGUCCAACUAUGCCGUGUUCUACCCGACAACCCCGUUGAUGAGCAAUCAUGGGACCAGGUAGCGGAUGCGGUCGAUGAGUGGUACCAACACAAGCCUCUUACCUGGCAGCCGAUGCGGUAUCAAGACCCUGAUGUGAAUGAGGAUCGACCCUUUCCUGAAAUAUGGAUGACAUCGGCCCCGGCUGUUGUGGGAAUGCAAUAUUACCACGCGGCAUGUAUCUUUCUCACCCUGUCAGAUCCUGGGUCGCGAGGCCUGCGGGAAUUCGAAUUGGCUCGAACUCGGCGCUUGGCCGAAAGAAAAAUCGCCGUCCAUGUGAUUUCCGUCGUAGGAUUAUCUUGGUCAAAUGAAGAUGUAGAAAAUGCCUACUUUCUUGCCUGCCAUCUACUAUAUCGCUGUUGGUUCUGCCUUUCUCGGAUUCACCCGGUAGAGCAAAGAGGCUCAUUGGAAUUUCUUUCGCAUGUGGAAACUCUUAUUGGAUGGCGAACUGCAUGGAUUCGAAGUGAACUUAGCCACCAAUGGGGUGAAUUAGCCGUGGUUGAACCGCCGAGUACUUAG